CAAGAAUAGUCGUUGGCACAACGCAAACUUCGCAAGUAAUUCGAAAUUCUAGUAGCUCUUAGUUGUAAAUACGAAACAAAGAGAAAUUUCCAGACAAGCUCAACAUCACUUCAAUUUGGUCCCUUUUGAAUGUUUUAAUAAAGUGGCGUGUCCAAAUUGUUUGAAUUUUGAGUCCAAUUGGAGAAUUGGUUUGAUGCAAGCUUGGACCUUUCGACUUCCUUUGAAGAAGUCCGAAAAGAUAGACUUCGAACUUACAGUGCAAGAGACUUUUUCUAAUGGAAGCAAUUCACUAGAGACUUUCCUUGGUGUACACCCUAAAAACGAUGAAAACUAUUGGACCAACGUGAGCAAAGGUUUAAAGUGCCUUUCACGACGACGAGAAGAAGCAGUCGGCAACAUUCACCGAGUUACGGAUCUCCCAAGUUGUCAAACGGUGAAAGAAUCUAUACGGCAAUAUUUCGCAGCUCUUGAAUUUACUGCAAGGAGACUAGAUUUCACCGAUAAAGGAGCAAAGAUAGCUUUCAUAUGGUAUGACGUUUUUAACCCUCUAAAAAAGGCAAAGCAGCGCCACGUUGCCUUGGAAAGAACUUGUCUUGCCUUCAACUUGGCAGCUUGUGAACUAGUCGCUGCCAGUGUGUUGGUUUCCAACGUACUUGGAGGCAAUUCGGACGUCUCUUUGCUUGUAGAAGCGUGUCGCCAAUAUCAAGUAGCAGCUGGUCAUUUCUCUGUCCUUUGUACCUCACCACCAGAUGGUUCGGUUACUUUAGAUUUGGGUUUAGAAGCUUUAAAUGUUUUUCUCGCUGCAGCUUUGGCUAGUGCGCAAACUUGUAUGUGCGAAUAUGCCCAACGUACAGGAAAAAAAGACGCAGUUAUUGCUGUGCUUUGCGCUGGUGCUUCGAACACUUGGCUUCAGGUAGUCCAGAGGUCUAGAGUCAGGUUGCUGAGUGGAGACGGGACUUAUAAGCAGAUUAGUGAUUGCGCCCAGUAUCUCUCGGUUUUCUAUGAGCGAGAAGCGGAGAUUCGUAUGUCCCAAGUAAACUCCGAGAGAGAUGAGAAAGGAGAGCAAAUUGCAAGGCUGAACAAGGCCCUAAAUUUGUCUCAGUCACUAAAGAAAUUAUCGAAAUCGCUCACACAGUGUAUUUGUUUUCCUGGUAUUCUAACUUUAAAAAAUCGAGCGGACCAAGCUGCGGUACAACUUGCCUCUUCUUUAAAGAUUGCAGAAAAAGAAAAUAAUAGCAUCUAUAUGCAAACAGUUCCCGAUUCACCGAGUCCAAUACAAGGUAGAGUGUCCGUUAGGUCAGCUAAUGUUAGCGACACAUUAUCGAAUGUGAACAUAGAAGAAGAAAUUUUGUCAGGAUUUCAUGGUCUUGUGCCAUUACAUCUUCGUAAUGUGGCUUCCAACUUUGAUGCCGAGCUCAAGUCGAUCCUUGGUCAUCAUUUACAUGAACUGCAGCAGCUAACUUUUGCUUUGAAUGAUAAAAUUUUCGCUUUUGAAGACUGUCUUUUUUCAGAUCAAGGUCGUGGUCCGAUCUCUUCCGAAGUGGUGCCUGAGCAUUUACAAGCAAUAUGCUAUAUACGUGACAAUGGAGGCUGGUCCCGAUUGGAAGAGAUGAGAUUCAAGAUAGAGAAGCUAAACACGGAGGUGAGAACAAUCCUAUCUAGAUGCAAACAGAUUCUCGACAAGGAGAAGGAUCGUGCACUUAUUGCACAAGCCCGGGUCGCAAAUGGUUGGCAACACUCUGAUGGAAAUAUGUCUCCUGUAACGAGAGGAUACAAACAGGAACUCACAAGAUUGGAGGAACAAUUAGAACUAGCUGUUCGCGCAGAUAAUUAUGUAUCUACUAGAAUGAAGCAAACUGAACGAAGCAUCAAAUCGUUGGAUUCUUUUGAGCUACAUCGUGAUGGAGAGCGAAGAAUAAUAUCUUUGAUUAACGAAGCUCUGAACCAGGUUCCGCAAGAUUAUAUUGAUGCUCGAAAUGCUGUCAUUGAACGCUUAGAAACUGCAAAAAAUGUUGUUGCAAGAAGGCAACGUUUGCAGAAAACCUUGGAAGAGGAAUUCAGUCAGGAGUCAAUAGCAAUGAUAUUGGCAUCGUCGGAGCAUUCUGUGGAGGAAACUUUGCAGUCACACAUCGAAGAGCAAAAGUCUCGGAUAAAGAACGUUCUAGAGGGUCAUAUUGAAGAACAGAAGAAGAUUAUUCUGCAGCUAGAAGAUGCAUAUAACCUUUUGCAUUCAAUGGAAGGAGAUUUAAACAAAGCUAUUUCUGAAGUACAAGACAGAAUAAGAAAUGCAACUAGUGUCUGUGAGUCAUGGAAAGAAAUUAAAACUGCCUUGGAACAGGGAAUGGCAUUUUAUCAGAAGGCACUAAAAAGUGCGAAGCAACUGGAGAAUGGCAUUGAACAUUUAAUUGAUAAUUCUGUUUCUUCUUCUCAAGAAUUACAACAUGUACAGAAGGAGUUACGUAAACUUGAUGUGAAUUCGAAUCGCUAUUCGGCGACAAUCUACGAUAAGCGAGACAAGUCCGACACUAUGAAAGGACCAUUCGGAUAUGCUGGUUUAUCUCAAAAUGAUAACAAUAUUCGUCAAUUUCGUUAAGACUAUUGUGGGUGAAUCAUUGUCAGCAAGUGUACAGCCUUAUUGUUUUAGGGUUACUAGAAAACCAGUUUUUGAGAGUGACCAACGAAUGAUAAUGUAUAAAGUUACAGGAAACUUUUGUUUUUUUUGGUCGCUCGAAGAUACAGGUUCAA